CGGUUGUCUUGGGCUAGACGGACGUCCGUUCGUCUGCGUUCGUCGGCUAUACGAUUUUGGUGCCGGGUCCAGUGGCCGGCGGCCGCGUCUUGAUUUUGCUCGGUUUACGGUCCAUUUCGGUCAUAUUUUCCAGCGGAGUCGAUGCUCCUUAGGCAGCUCGAAAGGUUCCGGGCGUAAUCCACUAUCCUAUUGCCGACUUAUUAUGCGAGAACUGUGUAGUUUACACUAGCCAAAAUUAAUUUACCUUCACGAAAGCGACCACGCUGUAGGCAGGGCACUAAAGAAUCCUGUAGGAGCACAGAAGCCUCACGGUGCCACCGCGGAGCCUACCAGUGCCCAUCAACACGGCCGUCACCGUCAGCUGGCCGGUUUAUUGACACUCAUCUCGGAGAGAUUACGGACGGGCCUGCAGUAGCAGUACCCAGCCGGUGGCACCUGCCGUGCACCGCGCGCCGGACGGACGGACAACAACGGCUGAUAAUCACGCCGCAGCGCGCACCCCAUCUGACGGCCGCGCCGGCCCUGCAGCUGCACUGCAGCCGCGCUCAGAGGGGGCGCGUCUACCGGUGCUACAGCGCAGCGGGCGCCGUGGCCGCGACCGUGCUCCGGCGUGCUCUAUUUUGAGUGGCGACUGCGCGCGCGCCUGCGCUGGCAGGGGCGCCGAUCGACCGACGCUCACACGACUGUGAGCCGGGCAGCGCGGAGCAGCCGUCCACCGCGCACCGUCCACCGCAAUGCUGGGAGUGACCGCCCGCCUCACCGGCCUGCCGGCCGCCGGCAGCCGGGUGUUAUCCGGAGCCCUGUCGGGCCGGCUGGCCGACCGGCCCGGGCGCCGCUCUGUUCAGGAGUCGGCCCCCGACAAACCCUGCCCCAACAUGGUGCGAGGCAUCGACAACGUCCGAGAGACGCGGCUCAACAAGGGCAUGGCCUUCACGCUGGAGGAGCGCCAGAGGCUGGGCAUCCACGGCCUGCUGCCACCCCGCUUCAAGACACAGGACGAACAGGUCGACCUGUGCCUGAAGAACAUCUCCCGCUACCAGGAGGACCUCAACAAGUUCAUCUACCUGAUGGGCCUGCAGGACCGGAAUGAACGGCUGUUCUACCGGGUUCUCUCGGAGAACGUGGAGCAGAUGAUGCCGCUCGUGUACACGCCUACCGUCGGCCUGGCCUGCCAGAAGUUCGGCCUCAUCUACCGGCGGCCGCGAGGACUUUUCAUCACCAUCCACGACAAGGGACACAUCUACGACGUCAUGCGCAACUGGCCGGAGCAGGACGUGCGUGCCAUCGUGGUAACGGACGGAGAGCGCAUCCUCGGCCUGGGAGACCUGGGUGCCCAGGGCAUGGGUAUCCCGGUGGGGAAGCUCUCCCUGUACACUGCACUGGCCGGCAUCAAACCACAGCAGUGCCUGCCGAUCGUACUCGACGUCGGCACCAACAACAAGGAUCUGCUGAAUGACGAGUUCUACAUCGGCCUGAAGCAGAACCGGGUGACGGGCGAGGCCUACGACGAGUUUGUCGACGAGUUCAUGCAGGCCGCCGUCAGACGGUACGGACAGAAGACGCUGAUUCAGUUCGAGGACUUUGGUAACCACAACGCGUUCCGCUUCCUGGAUAAGUACCGCAACAAGUACUGCACGUUCAACGACGACAUCCAGGGCACGGCGUCGGUGGCGGUGGCCGGCCUGCUCGCUGCCAUGCGGAAGCUGGACACCAAGCUGUCCGACCACACAUUCCUGUUCUUGGGAGCUGGAGAGGCAUCGCUCGGUAUCGCCAACCUGUGUGUGAUGGCGAUGGAGCAGGAGGGCCUCAGCUCGCAGGCCGCCCACGACAAAAUAUUCAUGGUGGACUCUCGCGGUCUGAUCGUCAAGAACCGGCCCGAGGGAGGCGUCACCGGACACAAGGUCGACUACGCCAAGGACAUGGAGCCCAUGAAGAACCUCGGAGAUGUCGUCAAGAAACUUAAGCCCUCGGCGUUGAUCGGUGCGGCCGCCCAGCCGCAGGCCUUCACCGCCGAGAUCCUGAAGGACAUGGGCGAAUACAACAAAGAGCCCAUCAUCUUCGCGCUGAGCAACCCGACCAGCAUGGCAGAGUGCACUGCUGAGCAGGCCUAUCAGGCCACUCAGGGUCGGGCCGUGUUCGCGUCGGGCUCUCCGUUCGCGCCGGUGACCAUCAACGGCAAGACGCUGUACCCUGGCCAGGGUAACAACGCCUACAUCUUCCCGGGCGUGGCGCUCGGCGUCAUCGCCUCUGGCAUGCACCACAUUGGCGAGGACGUCUUCCUGCGAGCGGCUGAGGCGCUGGCAAAGAUGGUGACGGACCAGGAGCUGGACGCCGGCCGGCUGUACCCGCCACUGGAGAACAUCCGCGAUGUUUCGCUACAGAUCGCCGUACAGCUGGCGGAGCACGCCUACAAGACGGGCGAGGCGUCCACCUACCCCCAGCCGGCCGAUCUGAACGCCUUUGUGCGCAGUCAGCUGUACGACUAUCACUACGCCAACCCGUUAGAGCAGGUCUACCCGUGGCCGACGAGUGUCUGAGCUGGCGACGGCGCAGCGAGGGGAGGCGUCCGUGUACCCGCACCCGGAUGACCUGCUCGCCUAUAUCGAGACGCAUCGGUACGACUUCUCGUACGAGAGUCCGCUGCUGAACACGUACGAGUGGCCCAGCAGCGGUAUGGUCCACUGAGGGAGGGGAGGGGGGUACAGUCGGCCGUAUCAGAGGCCGACUCCGCGCCGGCACAGGACGCGCCUGGCGGCUAGGGCGUCCUGUGGCUAGGGGCUUUCUUAGAUGCCGGCAGCCAUGGGCGUUCUACGGCGUCGGCAGUUAGGGGCGCCCUCAGGUGUCGGUGACCAGGGGCGUCCUCUGGUGGCGGUGGCUAGGGGCGCCCUCUUGUGCCGCUGGCUAAGGGCGCCCUCUCGUGCCGGUGACCAGGGGCGCCCUCAGGAGGCCGGCAGAGACUCUGUACUGCCGUGAUUGGUGUUGUGUUCUGUACGGCGGAGAGAAGCGUUUCUGCCACGCCGCGUUGCGGCUGUCGAUGCGACUAGGUCAUGGUCACAGUCAAUGAAUGGACCUUGUUGGUUACCCGUGUCAAUGUGGUCACUCAUAGAGUAGGGUCAGGCGCGGCAAAUGGCAUUUGAAGAGUGGAAGCGAAAUACAGCUAGAAACCAA